CGCAAAAAUUUAAAUCAAUGAUCUGGCAGAUGUUGAUUCGAUAUUCGACGAAAUUCUUUGGCCCCCAUCGGGGAGUACAUCAUAUACAUACAAUGGUUCGUUCCGUAUCUUUGGCAUACCCAUUAUCGAUGAGCAGACGGGCUUUGUGUGCAAGGACGUCGUAUUCGUUCGACCCCGUAUCGAACCCAAGCAGCCUUUCACCGAUACUCUUCGGCCGAGUUCUAUAAUCCAUUCGAAGAAAAUUUGAAAAGAUCGUGACCAGCUACUCCGAGAAAGUGCCGUCUGGAUCGUACGUGUCCGUAGGUGUGUUCUUGCCAAUCCGAGUCCUGGUUAGAAUUGAACGAAUGUCGAGCGACUACACAGGAUACCAGUGGCAUGGUUUACGAGGGAUUUUUUGGUGGUAGAUACUGUCAAAGAGUGGGCCAGAGUUUGUACGGCCGGUUUAGAUAUGAGGUGCCUUAAGUACAUUUCUGGUACCUCUGAUAGCAUAUGCUCUCGGAGUUUUUGAACUAGAAUUUCCCACAGCUGAUGGAGACGAGGUCCGUGUCGUGGUCUGUGGUAUAUUGCGAGAGUAUAGCGGUAGUCGGUCUGCUCCCAUUGGCCUGAGAGAGCUCCCAAGAUUCAUCGUGAGAGUGGUGGCACAAAAGUGAAUGGGCCUGGCUGACUAAUCCAUUCACCGCAUUUUUGGACCUCCACAGACCUCCCAAGUGCCUAGCUGAAAUCCCUCGCUGGCCUGGCAGAAAGCAGCGCCGGUGCCCCUCAAUGGCACGAAUGUUGCCCCUCUACCUCAUAUCUCUAUCCUUAUUGCUCUUAACCUACGCCAAACAUGCAUCUAAGGAUCUGGCAAGGUUGUCCUUAGCAAGCAGACCCGCGUACAAGAGGUUAUUAGCGGAGGAACAAACUCACACUACUUCGUCUUCGAGUUCAUCAUCAACGGCCGAUGGAGACCCACCAGGAAACUCGGAUUUGGUGGACAUCGUUCUUGUUGCAUCCGUGGAUGGAAAGUUCCAUGCACUGAACCGGACUUCAGGACAAUUGUUAUGGUCGAUGGCUUCUGACGAUGGUUAUUCGACGACGAAGAGCAACUUUUCGGCUUUUGCACCCCUCGUUAGGACUCAACAUCCACCACCGUUGGCCAACGAUGAUGAAGCUAGCAAGUUAUCCGGUGUUCGGCCCACAACGACUCAGGAAUUUUAUAUCGUGGAACCUCAAUCUGGGGAUAUAUAUGUGGCUUCUACAGCUUCGCCUCUCAGUCCGCUCCAGAGAUUUCCCCACUCCAUGCCCGAACUUGUCGAUAUGGCGCCGUUCUCGUUCAAAGAUCAUGGUUACCACAGAGUUUUCGUUGGGAGGAAGGAAAGCAAGUUGAUAUCGGUUGAGCUGGAAACUGGAAGAAUUCGGGAGGUUAUUGGUGGUGAAUGUCCUUGGGAUCCGUUGUCAGAGAUUGUCGGGAUGGAGAUGGAGAAAGAUUCAAAUCAUGUCAUUGACUUGGAUGAGUUGGAGAACGACUCUACUACAAUCGAGUAUGUGGAUUACGAUGAAGAAGAUGAUGGGUUUGGUUCCAAGGAUGGAAAUAAAAAGAAGUCAACUGAAGUCUUCAUUGGGCGAACCGACUACCAUGUUUCCAUAUACACAAAGCCUGUCGCUGCUGUGCAAUCUACGAUUACCACGCCCCCGGUGCAGGACCUGAGUUUCUCCGUGUAUGGUCCAAACAAUCAAGAUGCAUUUCUCCAGAACGAGUAUACAAAGACGAAAGACGGUAGAUACGUUGCAGGUUUAUCCACAGGAGAGGUCAUAGCUUUUCAGUCCAGGUGGUCGAAGACUGGGGACAAUCAAGGUGGUGGUCAGCAGCCGUUACUUUGGUCACAGAAUUUCCGGAAUCCAAUUGUGGCGACCUUCGACGUUUUUGAACGCCGCGAUGCUAACAGCGAUCUUCCCGGUUUCGGCGAAGGCAGUGACCAACAUACCUACGUACUCCUGCAGCCUCAGCCAGCGUUACGGGAUUUUCAUCCGUCAUUGGACUUAUCGACCUACGAACAUACACCAGGAUCUUCUGCAGAUUCUGACGCUAGCGGACCAAAAGUUUCUCCCCUCGAACAGUUACUCCCUAAUGCCCGCUCAGCAUACAUCGGUAUUGUCGAAGAAACGGGAAGUCUAUUCGCAAUGAGCCCAGAUAAAUAUCCUUUUGUCGCUUUUGGUGGGCGUGAAGUCGGGUCCGGGGGAACGAGGAGGUUGAUCGAGGCUAGUCCGCAGUCUAUUUCCGAUCUAGAUGACGAGAAGUUCAUAUCCUUGGAUGAAGUCACUCGAAGGAGGAGGGAGAGGGAGGAGAGAGAAAGAGAGAGAACGCGGGGAGAAACGGUUACUGGGGAAGGGACGUCCAGUACUUCGAGUUCGGCAACCGCUCAGUCAUCUUCCUCUUCGAGGCCUGACCAGUGUAACCUUGACGAUGGCGGAGUCUUCGAUGCCAGGUGUUUCGUCGGCGUGAGGAAGUUGGCUGAUAGUAGUGAUGACAAGGGUUCAGGAUUUGGCGCAGCUGUUGGGCGUAACGCCAAUCGUGGGCGCCCUGGUGACAAUGGUAACGUCAAGUUCGAAGGGUAUAACAUAGGAAGGUCAGGUGGAUUGGAUGAUUAUGGAAUGUCGGGAAGACUUUUGGAUGCACCGAGACGGAACCAUAACGAUGAAGACGAGCCUUCUCGUGUCGUCUCAUCGGACGGUGCAUCUUCCAGCUCCUCAGGAGGAAGUCAACGCGAUUCGACGAACGCAUCAGGGAUAGAGCGUCACUCGGCUGGGCUCUUGGUUCAACUCUACGGACUCUUCCUUUCGGGAUCCGGUGCGAUUGCAUCCACCUUGUCUCUCGCAUUCGUUAUCUCAGCCUUUAUCUUCGUCCGGUCGCGCCCCGAAGAUCAGACUGGGCUGAGACAGCUGAUACCGGCAGCGUCGAACCUCGAUCUUCAAGCCGCUCGUUUACCCACACUCCAGGAAGCACGUGAAGGACGAGUGAUAGACCCGAACGUCCUUGGUAAUGGUUUAACAAACGGAGACAUCACUCCCGAGUCCAGGUCUGAUCCUCUCCCUGUGCAACCUCUCGAAAAUCAACAACAACCGCGUGCUGAAGAAGACAUUACAGUUCCUUCGAGAGAUACCUCCUCACCGGUGGAGGAUUCCUCAGCACGUCGGUCGAAACCUCUACCCCCAACACCCUCAUCGAGACAAUCACAAUCUCAGCCUCCUUCGACGCCGAAAUCUUCUUCAGCCAAAUUACCCGCAACACCCAAAACUCCAAGAACCCCUCAACGAACUCGAAAACAGUCAAAUACUGACGCUCUUGCUCCUACUCCUCAUAGUCGCAAUAGCACCAGCACUAGCGUUGGUGUGGGGGAAAGUGAUGUCGAUGUUUCUUCUUAUGUAGAGGUACAUCCUGAUAGGGAUACAGAAGUCGAUGAGAUUGAUGGAGAGGUUGAGGAAGGUGAGGAACAGGACGUUGAAGGCGAGGGUGAGGGUGGCGAAGUGGCACCAAGGAAGUCUAAAGUGAGGAGAGGGAAGAGAGGACGGAAGAAGCGCAAAGGUGGCGUGGCUGAGGAAGGAGCGAAGGAAAAGGAGAAUGUGCCGAUUCCUACGACACCAACUCCAGCACAACUACAAGUGCCUGGACCAUCGAUGCUUAUUGUACCUUCUACACCGAUGGUCACGAAACCCUCGUUGAUAGUGUCGGAUACGAUUCUCGGAUUUGGAUCACACGGAACAGUGGUAUUCCGAGGAGAUCUUCAAGGUCGUCAAGUGGCUGUCAAACGUUUGUUGCAGUCAUUUGUAACACUAGCAUCGAGGGAGGUUAGCAUUCUUCAGGAGUCUGACGACCACCCUAAUGUUAUCCGAUACUAUUACCAAGAAGCUCAUGCGGAUUUCCUUUAUAUCGCCCUAGAGCUCUGUCCAGCUACCCUUGCAGAUAUAAUAGAGUACGCGGCUAGCGGAGGGUUCGAGUCUUGUGGAGAAGGGAGAAGUGGGAAGGAAGGCAUGAAGCCGGAAGAGUGGAACGAUCUAAUACGGUGUUUUGAUCCCAAGAAGGCACUCAAGCAGAUCGCGAGUGGGCUUAGGCAUCUACAUGCGUUGAAGUUGGUUCAUCGUGAUAUUAAACCUCAGAAUAUUCUCGUAAGCGCAGGUCCAAGUAGAGGAGGUGCUGUCAGAGCCCGUGGGUCAAUGGGUGGAUACCGCAUGUUGAUAUCCGACUUUGGAUUGUGCAAGAAACUUGACAUGGACCAAACGAGUUUCCUACCGACCGCUCAAGGUGCUAUGGGUGCUGGAACCGUUGGAUGGCGCGCACCUGAAAUUCUUCGUGGAGAGGUCAAAUUGGACGAGGGUGCUACAAGUGGAGACGAUCAGUCGUCACGAGGUAGUUCGAUUGGGACAGCAACUAUUGGCUCUACGGGUACGAACGGUACUACUUCGUCUGGCGGUGGUACGAAAUCGACGAGGUUGACGAAGAGUGUUGAUAUAUUUGCUUUGGGGUGUUUGUUCUUUUAUACUUUAACCAACGGACUGCAUCCAUUUGGGGACCGGUACGAGAGGGAGGUCAAUAUUUUGAAAGGGGCGAUGAAUCUAGAUGGACUGGAUAAGGUGGAUGGGGGAAGCGGUGGGAGGUGGAGUGAGGAGGCAGUCGAAGCGCGAGAUUUGAUUGGAAGGAUGUUGAGUGACGAGGCAAGGAAUAGACCUGAUACGACAACGUGUCUUCUCCAUCCUUUCUUCUGGGAUUCAGGUCGACGGCUCAAUUUCCUACAAGAUGCUUCAGAUCGGUUCGAAGUCAUGUGUAGAGACCCCAAAGACGAUCAUCUUCUGGCCUUGGAGGAAGGUGCUCCCAAUAUUCUCGGAACCGACUGGUACACGAGAAUGGAUCGAGUGUUCGUGGAGAACCUCGGUAAAUUCAGGAAAUAUGAUGGGAAAUCGGUGCAGGACUUGUUAAGAGCGUUGAGGAACAAGAAACAUCACUACCAAGACUUACCGGACAACGUGAAGAGACAUCUAGGAUCCAUGCCAGAAGGGUAUCUCAGUUACUUCACUAAGAGAUACCCAAGACUUUUCAUGCACGUCCAUCGUGUUAUUGGCGAGUCUGAGCUCAAAGACGAAUCCUUGUUCAACACCUACUUUGAACUCGCCGAGCAGUAAAAUUUCCUCGCAGAUCAUCAUACGUUUUCUGCUACCUCAACUCCUUUCUCUUACACGUCUCGUCGGUGUCGGGUUCUUUGGUGUGUGCUUGAUUGUAUUUUUCUCUGUAUCAUGAUUUGUCUCUCCCAUUCUCCAAUCUGCAUACUGCAUUCUUUCAUGAAAGAAUGAUCCCCUUAUAUCAUCCAUCAUCAUCUUUUAUGCUUCAUUGCAGUCCUGUCUCGCUAUCAUGCUAUCAUAACUUGAUAUUCUUUCCUUUUUUGCUCUCAAGCUGUAGUACUUACUAUCUUUAUUGGAUCUCCCAACUGCAUUCUAAUUGUGUACAUCCGUCAUGUAUAUACGGUCUCAAAAAGCAUAUUAACACCACUAAUUUCCCCAG